AUGCAUGCUGACUGCCAUCACUACGCCAAGAAGUGCCACAAGUGCCAGAUUUAUGCGGAUAAGAUUCAUGUACCACCGUCUAUGCUCAAUGUUAUCUCGUCUCCGUGGCCGUUCUCUAUGUGGGGCAUUGAUAUGAUUGGUCGGAUCGAACCAGAAGCUUCCAAUGGACAUCGUUUCAUACUAGUGGCUAUUGACGACUUCACCAAAUGGGUCGAAGCGGCAUCUUUUGCUAAUGUGACCAAGCAGGUGGUGGUCCGGUUUAUCAAGAACAAUAUCAUAUGUCGCUAUGGCGUUCCCAAUAAGAUCAUAACAAAUAAUGUGCGUACUUCAACAGGGGCAACCCCUUUUUCUUUGGUGUAUGUUGUGGAAGCGAUACUUCCCGUAGAAGUUGAAAUCCCAUCUUUGAGAGUCUUGAUGGAAGCUGAGUUGUCAGAGGCUGAAUGGAGUCAGAAUAGGUACGAUCAGUUGAAUUUGAUUGAGGAAAAACGCAUGGCUGCUUUGUGUCACGGACAACUAUAUCAGACAAGGAUGAAACAGGCGUUUGAUAAGAAGGUUCGUCCCCGUGAUUUUAAAGAAGGAGACCUAUUGGUCAAAAGUAUCAAGUCUUUUCAACCAGACCCCAGGGGCAAGUGGACACCUAAUUAUGAAGGUCCCUAUGUAGUAAAGAGAGCUUUCUCUAGUGGAGCUUUAAUUCUUACAACCAUGGAUGGAGAAGAUUUACCUCGUCCUGUGAAUUCUGAUGCAUGUUUUGCUUUAAGGGUUGUGCCCGCAAUGAAGAAUACUGAGUUGCUUGUACUAUGA